UAUAGCGAGAUAGACUAGGUUCGGUUUCGGUUGUUCGGUUUUGCAGGUGAAGAUGGAGAAGGAAGCACAAAUCGGAGCCCAAGAGGAGGAGGUUCUUUCCUUGGAGCUCCCAGCUCCUCUUUCUUGGAAGAAAUUGCUUCACCACUUCUGCUUAGUCAACCAGUGUUAACUCCUUCAAGUAACAUGAUCUGAAGUCAGAAACAGACCCCCAUCAUUGCUCUUAUGUUCUUACCCAAGAAAGGGGGUACACCAAGGAAGAAUGAGAUCAUGUUUGUGGCUCCUACUGGAGAGGAGAUCAACAACAAAAAACAACUGGAGCAGUACCUAAAAUCACACCCUGGUAAUCCUUCAAUAUCAGAGUUUGAUUGGGGUACUGGUGAGACUCCUAGAAGAUCUGCACGAAUCAGCGAAAAGGUCAAGGCAACUCCGCCAUCAGAGGGUGAGUCCCCAAGGAAGCGCGGCCGAAAAUCAUUGGGGAUAAAGAAGGACAACAAAGAAUUGGAAGGUGCUUCAGAAGAAAAUGAAGGUACUAAGGAAAUUCAAAUGCAAGAUGCGGAGGUAGCUGGGAAAGAAGAUGCAGAAACUGAGAAGGAGAAAGAUGUUUCCAAGGAAGCUCCAGCUGACAAUGGAGAUAAAACACAAAAAGAAAAUGGAGAUGAACUCCAGAUCAGUGCUGAGGAAAGCAAGAAUGAGGAAGUGCCUAGUGCUGAUAAAACCCAAGCUGAGGUUAAUGUCAAGCAUCUAGAUGUUGUAGCAGCAGCAGAUGAAAAGAUUGCUGGAGAAGAUGUUACUACAGACGCAACUAAAAGUGAUAAGGGAGAGGACAAUGUGGAAAAGGUGCCACAAGCUGAAACACAGAAAACAAACGGUACAAGUGACAAGAAACAGGAUGACCCAGAAGCAAAUGGGGGAGCAAAGCAAGAUAAUCCUUGCGGAAUUGCAGAACCCAAGGGAGAGAUCAAUGAGAAACAAGCUUUGUCCGAGAAUGAUGGAAAAUCUAAUGUUGAGACUGAUGAGAAAGUCAAGAAAAAUGAUGGGAGGUGAUUGAAAAUGCUAAGGUUAAGGAAGUGGGGCCAGCUGAUGCCCCCCACCGACCUUCACCCUCCACUGUGAGCUGCUGAACGUGCCGUCCUGCCUUCUUUUGCAGUUAGUCCCGUAACACCUCGUCUGUCCUUUCUUUUAGGUUUCCUAACUUUGGGAUUCCUCAGAAUAGCUCUAAUAUUAGUGUUGGUUGAGUGCUAGAUUUGAUUGUAUGUAGGGGAGGGAAUGAAGCUGUAAGAUGGUAGAAUAGAUUUUAGAUUCUGCAGCUUUUGUUACAAUAUGGAGGAACUUAGACUUGACUGUAAGACCAUAUUCGUUGACAUCAUGGUUGGUAGUUUAGAUUUGA